AACUGCUCAAUCAGUCGCCGAUAUAUCGCCGCGCUGGCCGCAUUAACAUUCGAGAAACUCCGCUUUUCCGACGCUUUUCUACGUGGGCCAGCUUAAAACAAAAGUCGCCUGCGCAGCCGGCGCGCCUUUAAAGUUUGUGUGUGUGAAAAAAGAGUUAAAUAUUGCAAAGUGUUAAGUAAUCAGAGUAAAAUUAGUGUAAAAGUGCAUUAUUUGUUGAGAAAUUCCAAGGCAAAAAGUUCUAAAAGUUAACUCCCAGAAAUGCACACACGCAUACCAAUGUAAACGAAAAGUUAAAGCGACGAUCAUUCAUUACUUCUUCUUCUUCUCUUUGCGACGUGUUUCGCUUACCUGUCAAAACGCGUGUGUAUUUGUGUGCUCCAUCGCGUCCUCUCACUCGCUCUCUCUCGAUUUGCACAUGCAAAAAGACAGCAGCAGCAGCAAAAACAACAACUCCUCUUAAGAGCUUUCAAGUCGAAGUUCUUAACGUCGACGUCGGCAGAGCCAGCAGGCAGCGCAGCAGCAGCGAACAACUCGUACAGAUAGGGUAAUAUCCCACCCAUAACGAAUCCCUGAGUCAUGGACUGUGGCAGAAGAAAAAUAAGAGUUUGCCUAAUUGAAAUGGAUUUAUAAAAUUUGUUAGAACUCGUUGGAUCUCAAUUGCAUUGUUAUCGUAAUGCUGUACAGUAAAACAUGGCAAAGUCGACACUUUAUGCUGCUGGGGUGACCUGUCUGGGCUUUGUUUGUUUCGCCUUGGCAUCUGUGGCCAUUGGCAUACCCAUCUGGGGUUACUACGAUAGUCCAUCGGGCGGCUAUGACUUCGAUCGAGGUUAUUUCGGACCGUUUAAGGUCUGCAAGCAAUUGACGUACAAUCGCGAGAAAUGCGGCAACGAUGUAUCAAAGUUUAGGUUAAACAAUGCAGUUUUUGUCAGUGGACUCUUGGCCAUUGGCAGCUCAGCCGCGCUGGGCAUCUUCUGCAUUCUGUCGGUCAUUCAACACGCGAUGAUCUCAUCCAGGGAGAAGGUGGUAAUGCCCUACACAAGUCUAGUGAUAGUGAAGUUAAUGUUAGCAUUGCUGGGAGGGGUUCUGGCCAUCAUAGCGACGGUUUUGUUUGCUCUGCAAAUUGAUGAGCAGGAGCGCUUUGGCUUCAAGAUAUCAAGGGGCAUUUCCUUCUACAUACAGAUUGUGGCGAUUGUGUUGACCAUUGCACUUUUUGUGGCCGCCCUGUACGAUGUGAUCUAUUCGCGCAGUCCAGGUGGAGAUCCCACAAUGGCGCUGGAUGCCUCAUCUCCGGGCAGUGCCACCACCUUUAACAACCCGGGCUUCAAGGAGCCGCGCAGUCGCAACGGCGUCUCAGUGACGGACGCCUCCGGUAAACCGUACAGCGGGAUCCGGAAUGGAGCGGGAACAGCGGGCAGUGUGGCCUCCAUGAGCACCACGGUGACCAGCGUCUCCAAUGGCUCCACCCUCGACUCGGUGACACGUUCGCCACUGCGAUCGAGUCUGAAAAAGCCAAGACCCCGGCCGGAUCCAACGUUGGGCAUUCAAAAUCCCGGCUAUUCCGGUUCGGGAAGUUCGCCACCAAUGAGGCGCAAUGGCAGCGUUAAGAAGGUUAGGAUUCAGACGCACAGCACCGAGGUGUAAGAUGGUUUCAACCAUUUAGAUUUAAGACCUUCAACAAGCAGCAAACAAAAGAAAAACAAAAGAAUAAAAAUUAUCAAAGACUGUGUACAGUAGCAAAAAAAAAAGACACAAAGAAAAGUUAAGAUGAGUAACUUUAGUAGGUGUCUCUCAUUAAUUAAUUGAUAAUUUCCCAAUGCAAAUUGAAAAUUCAUUUUCAUUUGUCUUCCAAGAAGGAUGCAUAUUGUUCAUUUGGCCAAGACCAAAAUUUCUGUAAGCAACGGUUUCCGUCCACGGGCAAGGCAAGAGUAUUUAAUUCGAAAUGAAUUUCCCAGAAGUAUUUGAUUUUCUAUAUACCUCCCUUAAGUGCCCUUAAGACCACGCCCCAGUCCCCAGCACUUUGGAAAGCAUUAUCCUCGAAAACACUGGAAUACCAAUCUACAUAUAAUUAAUUUGCAAUAUUCUUAUUUAACGACAAACAAAUAAACGUAAGCAUUAUAAAGCAACAUUUGUAAUAUAUAUAAAAAAUCAGAACGACACAAAUUGUUAUUUUUAAUUAAGUUUAAGUCAAGGCGUCAUGAGCGAGUUUCAAAUAGAUUUGAUAAUUGUAUGUUAUUGUUAGAAAUACUUUAAACCGAAAGCGUUAAUUAAACUAAUGGAAAGAAUAUAGCUGUUGCGCUAAGAUUUCACUAUUAAAGACACUUAGAUUAAUUGCUAAGCUUGUUUGUUUAGUUUUUUGUAAUUUAAUUGGAAAAUGUGUUUCAUGUUUUUCUCUGUAAGCUAAGGAAAUACUAAAUAAAAGCAGAGAAUAAACAUAAA